GACAUUCUGAAAAAUAUCAGUAGUCUUCCACCGAACACCAGACAAGAUGAUUCCUAAAAUUUUUCGAUUACUUUUGGGUGUUUUUUGGCUACAAGCAGUCUAUGGAGGAUAUUCACAAGUUUACGUUCAAAGUGGAGCAGAAUCAAUUCCAGCAGAAUACGUCAAGUAUGGUGCACCGAGAGCCAUUUCCAAUGGAAGAAUUGCGGCUCUCACAGCACCGCCAGUCGGAUCUGUUUUACCAAAUGUGGUACCCUGUGUAGCUCCAUGUAUCGUGCCACAAACUGUUGAAGCAUUGGCACCUGUGCCACAAAAUGCUAGAAUCAUAUCAUUUAAUACACCGAGUGCUCCAAGUGUAGCAGCACCGCCUAAGGAUGAAAAAACAAGCUACGAAUAUUCAUAUGUGGUUUAUGAUGAGGAUACAGGAGACAGAAAAGCACAACGAGAACUAAGCGACGGUUCGGUGGUCCAUGGAGAGUACUCUUUUGUACAACCAGAUGGUUAUAUACGCGAGGUGAAAUAUACCGCUGAUGAUCUCACAGGAUUCAACGCUGUUGUAAAAAGCUUUCUACCGGAAUCUGCACUUGGUGUUGCUAGAAAGACACCAGAAGUAAAAAUCAAGAACGACCCACUACCUUGCAAGGAAACAAAAAGUGAAGCGUUAAUAGUAGAACCGGAACCCAGCAAAGAGGAGAAUUUAGAUGAUGACGGUAAGACAAGUUCAAAGACGCCUCUUCGUGAAAAUUAUAGUGAAUUGGCAGUAGUACCAGUUGUUCCUGAAAAUAAAGCUAGCAAUAAAUCUGACCCACAAAACAAAACUCAAACAUCUAAUUUUGUUCUUUAUGUUACGGAAUCUCCGGAAGGAUACGGUAAACAUGGCAAACAUCCAGCCGACGUUUCUUUCCAGGCUAGUGAAUAUGAGUCUUUAGAUAUUACAACAAAUCCCAACGCUGAACCGACCACAUUACCAGCAUUAACAGAACUGAUUCCGGGUUCCAACAAAGAUGAUUGUGAUGACAAAACACAUACGCAUGAAGCUGCUCAGGCUACGAACCCUCAAGUUUCAUCUCUGAACGGAGUUUCAGCAUUCAAUGAUAUCAUCAAAUGUGUUCAAGCAGCAAUAGCAAAUAAGAAUGCAUCAAAUAUUUCUCCACUUACAUACAUCAUACUGCCUGGUACCAACAAAAUAUGUUAAAGAAAUGUUACCAAUUUGUUUAAAUUUCUAGUCUUAAAUAUUAUCCAACGUUAUUUGGAUUUUCUAAAUGAUAAAUAUUGUUUGUAUUGGAUAAGUUU